UAAAUUUGGCCCAGAACAACUCCUCGUACGAGGAGGACUGGACCAAUUAUAGAAAAAAUUUCAAAAUGGCGGACGAAGACGAGGAAGAUUAUAUGUCAGACAAAUUUUUGCUAAGUACGACUGAUAACAACCCAGGUUUAGUUCCAGACAAAAUAGCAAAGAAGUAUAGGAGAGAGAUGAGGCAUAAGGAGUUGAAUCAGCGAAACAAAAUGAAACCGAUGAGAGAAAGGGAGAAGGAACAUCGUGAACAGGGUCUGGCAAAUGCUUUAGACAGCAGUAAUAAAGGAUUCGCUAUGCUACAGAAAAUGGGAUUCAAAAAAGGAAUGGGCUUGGGAAAAGAAGGUACGUUAAAGAGUUUCCUGCAGGAAUAUUGUACCCAUGUGCAAGGCAUACAGUUUUCGGGAUACAAAGUCUGCAGCGAAAGUUAAGGUAUAACUGAAUGGUAUCUCAGGAGAUUUUUAUCUUUCGGUAUUUUUUAAGUAUUCAGUACAUAAUUGUACCUGUAACUACGAGAUAUUUUAAGGGCUGGAUAUGUAGCAAGCAGUUAAAAUUUCAUUUAAGACUUAAGAUAUGUUUUCUUAUUACUGUUUAUUUUUAUUUUUGUGGAACUGUAUGUACCAGUCUUUUGAAACCAACUUUUGAUAAGAAACCAGAUGCAAAAAAUUUGAUUUUUCUAUGAAAAAUGUACUGUUCUCAUUUACGAUUGACCACACUCAUUGGAAGCCUCUAAAUAAAAAAAAUUGAGUUUACUUUUGAUUGCAGAAUAUUUAAUUUCAUGCAAGUGCACGUUCAUUACUUAGUAUACAUAAAGUAACACGUGGAGUGGACUCCUUACACCUUGAACUGACUUGAAUCUUCAAGGAAAUAAGGUCGAUCAUCAAGAGUUUGAGUUUUUAGAAUCUUAGAUCAAAUAAAUGGAAAUAAAGAGAAAAGCACUGUUCACCCAAUUUCUAAUUGUGCUGGCAAAUGUAAACAAAUUUAGUUACAGUGGAGAAGAAUCAAGAAAAAUAGAACAGUUUAAAGGAAGGAAGGAAGUGUUGGCAAAGCUUUUUGGUGAUAAAAUGUAAUUUAAACUAGCAAAACAUGAACAGAUCUGAGACAAUUUGCUCUCUGCAAAGAAUAAAAAAUGAAGAAGAAAAGAAGAAAAGAGAAAAGGUAAAGUUGGAAAAAUUGGAAGUUUCUUUAAAGUAAAUUCCAAUUUUGAAUCAAAGCACUUUUUUACUUGCUUGAAGUCGGGAGGCUGUAAGCUACGCAAGUCAACUUUUAUGAUGUUCAAUUAAAUAUUCAUGUUUGUAAUCAAUCAUGUGUAAAUGAUAUCGCAUGUCUAGGUUUUAUGCAAAUCUGAAAUGUGUAUUUGAUUUGUUUAUGAGCAUCUUAAGAUUCUGGACACAUCUCUACUGCUAAAUAAUUUUGUCUACUGAUAGACUUAAGCUGCAAGUUGUGGACAUGUCUUCCGUGUUACGAUCAUGACUCUGUCCAUAAGUUGUAGUUCUUCAUUCAAAAAUAUAUAAAUUCAGACUUAUUAGCACCCUUAGUGUUUAAAGUUGUUAUGAAUACGCAGUUUUAAAACAAUCUGAUGAAACUGUCAUCCAUUGAGUUUGCUUGAUGUUUCAAAUCUGCCAAUUAGUUUAAAUGUCAUUACCUAUUGUGGCUCUGAAAUACAGCGACUUGUAUCUUGUAUUUUGCUGUUCAUUCUGCUCUUGUAAUCAACCAGAACUCGAUUUGCUCUGAUUGCAACCAUCAAAAUAAUUUUCUAGUCACUCUGUGUUAUCAUUUUGUUUGAAGAGCUGAACAAUGUUUUGGCUGUAGUGUACUGUGUACAUACAUACCAUGUAAUUGGUGUAGUCUGAUAGUUAAGCUUCUUAUUGCCCACUUGAUCAUUAGAAAUCAAUGUAACGUGAAGAACCUGCAAGGUCAAGAAUGUCUUAAUUUAGUUUGAUUCAGCUUGCUUUGGAGGUGUGAUUAGGGAGGGAUGUGGGAGGUGAAGCCCAAGGGAGACUGGGAUAGUCUUGUUAAGACUGAUCAGUGGUGGACUAGCCUUAGUCCUUUCUCAGGGCUCUCUCUUGGGGGAGUCCUUGUGUACAUUAAAGAUAUUUUGAUUCAAGUCUGGUAUGAUCUUGUCAUGAAAUUAUAUUUAAUAUGAACAAACUAUCUUCUCUCAAGAUGAACUGAGCAAUUGCUUUCUGUUUCAUAACAAGUAGCCAUUAAAAACUUACAUUAUUAUCAUGACUUUUUCGGCAACAACACAUUAUCAAGAUGAGUGUUCUUUCUCCCUUUUAAAUUGUUUGUAAGUUUACAUUAAGCAAAAUGACACAAUGCUUUUUGACACAGAACACUUACACUGUAUGAAAUUUGGUGGACUACAGCACUGAGAAUUUGAAUCAAGCAAAAAAUUUGUUAUAACUCAGAUAUUACAAUAAAAUUAAGCAAUGCAGUUGCCAUCAUGAUCACUGUACAAAAUUCUCAUUAUUUCCUAUCUUAGGGACUGGAAGAGCCGAACCUAUACCAUUGACUGUUAAAGCAGGUUUGAGUACUUUUAUUUACUUCUUUGCCUUAGAUUGAACCUGGAUGGCAUGGCUCCAUGAGACAUCGGAGUCAAAUCCACACCAGAGAAAUAAAAAAUGAUCGGUUAUUCCAUCUUUUAUAGAUCGUGGAGGUCUUGGGCGUGAUAUGCUCUUAAAAAGACAGAGAGAGGUGAAAGAGGCAUUGAAACAUGAAACUGCAAAGAAAAGAGUGAAGAUUGAGGAGAAGCAGAGAGACAACUUCAGAAAACACAUGAGUGGCAGGUUUGCCGAGAGGCAAACAUCAAGUGAUUUAUAUAAGAGCCAAAAAGCAUGUGAACAGCUGGACAAAUCAAAGGUGAGGAGCUGUAAGGAUUUUAGAAGCUUGCUUAUAUAUAAGUUUUUGUUUUCUUGUCUAAUACUGGGCUAAAACAUGGCCUCAUCAGAUACAGAGAGGCCUAACAUAUCAAAAGUGUUUUAAAGGAAUAUCUACAGUGUAUAAUUGCUCAAUUGCUCUGACGAAGGGUUAAUGCUUGAAAUGUCAGCCUUUAAUCUCUACGGUGGCCAAUUUAAGUUUUCAACUCAGUUGUUAACAGUAAAUUACCUGUUAUACUCUCCCAUUGAUGCAGCAUCACAGUUUCUUUAGAAACUUACCCCCUUUAUUCUACAACUUGCAUAGUUUUGAAAAUCAGUAUUGUGUUAUAUUUAUGAUUUAUCACUGAAUGUUCACUUUUUUCUAAUUAUUUUGUGUUUUCUUUGAUGCUUUUUUUUAUUGAGAAAUCGAAUAAGUGGAUUUGAAAGGUAACUAAGCAUAGGUGAAUUAGAAUUUUUUGCUAUCACUUCUCUAACUUGUAGGACUUACCUUGUGUUGAGAAGUGGUUUUGGCCACAGGAGGAAACAAAGGAAGAUGAUGAGAAUAAGGAAGAAGAUGAUGAAGAAAAUGAUGAGGAAGAGGAGGAAGAGUUGGAGGUUAGUUGUCCCUCAGGAGGAAAAUAUAGAAAGCUUUCUUUGGUGCAUGCUUCCACAUUCAUUGUCAGUUUUAGUUAUUGGUAUACAAUAUUUUUGCAACAGGACACAGAAGUAUGUCAAAGCCUUGGACAUUUCAAUAUUGGAGAUUGAUAUGAUAAACUCUUUUUAAUGGAAUAUGGUACUGUGAAUAAAUUGUUCACAGAGUUGUUGGAGUGAAGAAUCAUGGAAGGGCUUGCUCUUCAAUCUAGUAAGAUUUCUCGAAGAAUUUUUUUUUCCUGAAACUUCACAAUUUCAACCACAUUUGUCAAAACUACCAUGAGAAUUUCUAUAAUAAUCUACUCCUGACUCUGAGAAAAGUUCUUUAGUUCCUUUUAUAUCUGGCGAGUGUUGUUUGCAUGUUAAAGAAUUAAACCAGGUUAUGUGGUUGUGAAGGUGGUUGUAACAUAGGGUUUAGGUUGAAAAAGCUCAUUUUGAUACUCCAACAAACAGCGAGCAGUUAUUAGGGCCAUCAUAGUGAUUUGUUUUUCCGUGAGCAUACAGUAUGUUAGCAGCUUAUAUGUAGCCCAGUAAUUUAUGCCUGCAUAGUUCCAACACUGUGAUGUUUUCUUGCAUGCUCGAUAACAGCCAUCAGAAAAGCUCAUGCACCUAACAAUGUACUUGAGAAGAACUCAUCAAUACUGUAUUUGGUGUGGGACCAAGUAUGAUGGUAAGUAGAACAACCAAACAUAGGAGAUUUGAAACGGGUGGAGGGGGGGGGAGGGGGGGGGGGGGGUGGGGCAAGUGAAGAGGGUUGUUAUAAGAGAUCUGAAGGGGAUGGCUCGAUCUUGCAUUUCUCGCACAAGCCUUUGUGUCAUUUGACAUCUUUAUGGGGAAUGGGUAGGAACAGUGUAUUUUAGUCUAGCAUGUGUAUGGGGGGGGGGAUGGAUUUAGCUUGGCGAAGGUCAUUCUGUUGUGCUCUGCUGGUCCACUGUGAUGUGAUAAAGUUUCACGAAGUGAAGGUGAACAAAAAGAUUUUGUUGCAGCACCAUCUAUGUUCUUUUUAAUUUUUAAGCAAAAAUGCAGCUGCAAUCUUUCAAUACUAAAGUAAGGAUAAUUUUGUUUUCUUUUCAGAUGAUCAGGACAUGGCCGACAACUGUCCGGGAGAUUCAGCACAAGAUCAUGAGUAACAAUCGUGAAGGAAGAAGAGAAAAAAACACGGUAUUUUAUGGAGUCCAUCAUAUCUGUGUUAAGAUUUUCAUUACGACGACUUUCGAACGAUUACCGGUAGUAAUGAAUGUUACGACCAUACUCGUCAUAAAAAAUACCGAUUGUCGUUGGUCACUCCCGAAUGGGUAUUCACGACCGAAGUCGAUCGUAACCGAUCACUAGCGAUCAGGACUCGAUGGCAGGUUGCGAUUAUAAUUGAGAGAGGCAAUUGUUCACGAAAGUAAUCGCAUGGCUAGCGACAGCUAGACUACGGGGACAAGUAAUGGAGGAUAUCAGGCUGACAGGGGUUCUCAUUGACGAUGGACAACCUGAAGAUGACUUUUUUUUUCUUAAAUAUUAGCUUACUUUUCUAAAUGCAAAAGCUGUGCUCGGAAACUUAGGAAUGGUGAAUGAAAAUUGAAAAUAUAUCUUGAAAUCUUGCUAGCUUUAGCAAUGAGUCUCCAAGUCCCGUUAAUGGUGCAUUUAGUUAUAUGUUCAUCUAAAAUGAUGUCUGGUAUAUUUUUUCAAAAUCUAAAAGUCUCGGAUUUGUUCAUACAGCCGACGAGCUUGGUCAAAGUUCGUUAGGAUGGUCGAGAUUUAUCUUUAUUAGCGACGGAAUCCUCUGAGCGCGUUGGGCGCUCUAUAAAGAGAGGCGAAUGCUUAUCUGCUUUUCUGCCGAGGAGAACAUGCGCAUCACACACCAAGAGGAAGGAUACACCGCAUUACAACUCGAUUAAGAAGAGGAAUUCAGCUAUUUCCCUUUCGUAGACAUUUUAAGCACCCUGUUGAACUAACCGAGAUAACAGUUAAGUGAAUUAAUCGAUUAGAGUUGAAAACAAAGUAGUACUUGCUCCGGAUGAACGGGAAAAUGAACAUGACAAAAUGUCAGGGAAGCUUCUCAUGUCCCAAAUGCUGUCAUGAAUUGGUAUUGGCAUGACUAAUUACAAGAAUUGCAAGAGUGUACGGCGGGAGCGCCUCUCCGGAAAAAAGGAAAAAACAAUUCAAGCACAGAAAUGUUUGUUUGCGUAAGUUAAGCAUGAUUAAUUGUGUAACAAAUAUCCUCACUUUUACUGAACUCUUUGCUUUUGUUGAAAUAGGACGCAUCUACUUUUAUCCUGAAUAUUUUUUUAAUGCACUUUGUAGGAGGGGACUGAGUUAAAUUAAAUGCACUCAACACCUCCUUUCUGAUCCUCUGAUAGGAGAGGAAAUUUUCUCACUUUAACACUUGAGAGCUAAGCCAAAGUACAACAUUAUAACGAGGAAGGAAGUCGUGAUAGGUUUUCAGAACCUUAUCCGGGUCACAUGCAAGCGUUCUGCUGAGGUCGUGGGAAUGAAAUCAAAACAGCACAUUGCUCACACAGGGAGUUUCAUCACUAGGAGUCUCAUCAAUGUUUACACAGUAAUCAAUCCCUGUCACAUUAUUAUUCGAUGUUCGACCGUGGUCUAGUUUGAAAAUUGUAUUUGAGGAAUAAGAGCCAGUUAAGAACCUUGAUUCGUUUCGAACCUUUCAUGUAAAGUCAAAUUUAGCAGACAUCAAGUUAAAUCAUGCGACAGGUACUUUGACCUUGUGCACCAAAGAGGCUUACAUAACAAAACACAACAUGAUAGUUUUCCUGGCCACGUUCGCCUUAAGCUGUAGUUUAUGUAAAUAAUUAAGCACGUAACCCGAAGAACAUUUUGAGAACUUUUCCAGGCUCACAAAAAGCGGCAUAACACAAAAGAGAGAUGAAAAAAAUAACAAAAAUUAGAAGAUUCAACCUCGGCUCUAAAAUUCGACGCUCUUAAAAAAAGCACAUUGUGUACCUAAUGGAAGAGGCAAAAGUUAGCUUCCAUACCUUUCCAUGCCUACAUGAUAGAGAUUAUUUUUUCCCCGCUACGUAAUUUACUGAGACCUUACCGGCAACAAAAACAAUUUUCCUUUUCAUUCGCUCGUACCAUAGGGUGGGACAACCAUGCAGAAAAUUGAUCAUAAGUCACGUACUGUGCAAUUGAUAGUUUGCAGGAAGCUACAGGGAGAUACCGGACGCUUGUAGUUCUAGGCGAUUUCAUCAAAUAACCAUAAACUGUACAGAUAUCAAAGAAUAAAGGCG